GUCGGCAGCGGCGGGUGGUGGCCGAACCCGGCCGGGUGGUGGUGCGGGUGCGUGGGGGAUGCCGAGCGCGGGGUCGCCGAGAUCGGAGUCCCCGGCGCCGUGGGCAGCGGCGUGUUGGUUGGCUCGGCCAUGGUGUUGCUCUCUCGAGGUAGAAAGGGGCCUUUUGUUCACUGGCUGUCGCGACUUGCUGCUGCUGCUGAGGUAGUAUCUCAAUCUCGCUUGUCCGUGGUUUCGUGCUUCGGCGACUUGGCUGUGCGCCCAGCGGUUCUGGGGCUGGCGAGUUCACCGCCUGGUUGCCCUUGGGACUUGUGUGUUAUUGCGUCUGGCCUGCUGCAGUGGGGUUGCAACUGGUUCCAGCCUCUGCCCAGGUGCUCUAUUGGAAGGGCUUCCUGAGUCAGGUCGAUAGUCUCUUGUCACUGAGCCCUCGAAUAUCUGUGCGUUUGGGAGACUCUCGCACCAUCCAGCAAGUCAGUAACGUUUGAAAAGUCG